AUGUCUUUGGAAGUUAACACUGAUAUCAUUACCUUGAACGAUGGUACCAAGAUCCCGGUUGUGGGAUUGGGAACAUGGAGAGCCACUGAAAAGGGGGCUGCUGCCAACUCUGUCAAGGUUGCCUUGGAGAGCGGUUACAGACACAUCGACACUGCAGCCAUCUAUGGUAACGAGGAGGAAGUCGGUGAAGGAAUCAAGGCUGCUGGAUUGCCAAGAUCCGAGAUCUAUGUCACGACUAAAUUGUGGAACACUGCUCACGACGAUGUGGAGGGCGCCCUCAACACCUCCUUGAAAAAGUUGGGAUUGGACUACGUUGACUUGUACUUGAUUCACUGGCCAAUUUCCGUUGGUGGUGACGCAAAGGCAACACCAGAGGAGUUCGACUACCUUGAAACUUACAAGAAGGUUCAGAAAUUGGUGGGCACUGGUAAGGUCAAAUCUGUUGGUAUCUCUAACUUCACUAAGGACAAGAUUCAGAAGUUGUUGGCCGACAAGGAUGUUACUGUCAAGCCUGUUGUGAACCAGAUUGAGGCUCACCCAUUGUUGCCUCAGGAAGAUUUGAAGUCUUACUUGACUCAGGAGGGUAUUGUCAUUGAGGCAUACUCUCCAUUGGGAUCGAACGACUCACCAUUGUUCAAGAACGAGACAAUCGUGUCCAUUGCUAAGAAGAACAAUGUGGAGCCUGCACAGGUACUUAUUUCAUGGGCUGUGCAGAGAGGAACGGUUGUGUUGCCUAAGUCGGUAACCGAGUCGAGAAUCAUCUCCAACUUGAAGACGUUCCAAUUGUCAGAUGAGGACUUUUUCGCUUUGAACAAGUUGUCUGAGAAGGACGGAGUUGUCAGAACAUGUGAUCCAGUGUGGGAUGUUUUUAACUAA